AUGCCGCCGAACGUGCCGACGAUCGUCGUCGCCGGCACCUCCAGCGGUGUCGGCAAGACCACGGUCGCCGUCGGGCUGAUGCAUGCACUGCACGCACAGGGAUGCCGGGGCGCCACCGACGACGGCUCGACGGCGCAGGUGGCCAAGUGGCUGCGCGCGCCCGUGCUGCUGGUCGUGGACGCGUGGAACCUGGCACGCUCCGCCGCGGCGAUGGUGCACGGCUACCAGAGCUUCGAUCCCGAGGUGAUGCUGGCCGCAACCGUCUUCAACCGCGUCGCCGGCGCCGCACACGGCACCUGGAUCGCGCAGGCAAUGGGCAGCCACCCGGGCACGGCUGCAACCCUCGUGGCAGGAGGCGCAGAGGGUGCAGUGGGAGUAGGCGCGACGCUGCAGUGGUUCUCGCCCCUCGCCGACGCUUCGCUGCCCGACGGCUGUGAUGCGCUGUACCUCGGCGGAGGCUACCCCGAGCUGCACGCGCCCGCCCUCGCCGCCAACGGGCGGAUGCGUUCGGCGGUGCGCGCCUUCUGCGAGGGCGGCGGCCUGGUGUGGGCCGAGUGCGGCGGCCUCAUGUACCUCGCGCGGCGGCUGCUGCGCCGCCCUGCCGAUGUCGCCGCUGCUGGCGAGGUUGGGAGCCGCUUCCGCGCCCAGCAGUACCACUUCAGCGAGGCGACCGCCGACGGCCUGCCCGCGGUGAUCGUCGACGCCAGGACCGGCGGCGGCGCGGGGCUGCGGGGCGUCGAACACCCCGCCUUCAGCGUGCAGAUGGAGGGGGUCGGGGCGCUCCUGCCGUCGGCCACCAAAAUGGUGGCGGCGGUUCUUGGCAAAGCGGGCGCCGCGGCCCCAAUUCUCCGGGUGAGCGAGCAUUUCCACUGGCCCGCGGCGGUGGUGGCGGGCAAACCCCUGGCGCUCCACCGCCUGGCGGUGCGCAGCCAGCCGCCUCGCGACACGUACAUCGACCCGGACACCGGCUACAGCGUCUUCACGCAGGCGUACCUCAAGCGGCGCCCCUGCUGCGGGAACGGCUGCAGACACUGCCCGUGGGGGCACGUGAACGUGCCUGGCCGGAGGCGGUCCGAGGCGGAGCCGGAGGAAGAGGACGGACUGGACUGGUGA